UCUCUUGUUCAUCUUUCUUUUUGUUGCAUCUUUUCACUUUUUAUUUAAGCUCAUCAUUUCUGGCUCAGGCAGCAAGAGCUCCUCCUACUCCUCUUCCUCCUACAAAACAGUAUUACCAUGUUCAUGUUGUUAACCUGACUUCACUGCUCCCAAAGUCUUACUGCGAAUCACACAGCAAAGGUUCAGAAAAGAUAAGAAUGGCAUCUAGAAACGGACCUUGCUCGCCGUCACACAACCCUCCUGCAAAGAAAAUUUCCUCUACAAAGCAAUCUGAAAAUGCCAAUAUUAAUAGUAAUAGUGGUUACAUGGAAUACUUUGUCACAAUUGGAGUGGGCACACCCAAAGCAGAGUUCAAUAUGCUGGUGGACACCGGCAGUGACAACACUUGGGUUCUUUGUAAACCUUGUACCACAGCCACAGGCUGUGCUCCUAAUGCUCAUCUCUUUGAUCCAUCCAAAUCAUCAACGUACGUCAAAGGUUCACACGAUUUUCAUAGCUUUUACGGCGAUAAUUCAAGCGUUAGUGGCGUGUGGGGGUACGAUACACUCACAGUUGAUAAAUCUCAUGUUGUCAAGAAAUUCCAGUUAGGUUGCGGCCAAGACAUCCAUAAUACUAAUUUUGGAAAUGCCGCCGCCGGGAUUCUUGGCCUAGGACAAGGGAAGGGGUCUCUGCCAUCUCAGGGAGGUUCCACCUUCAAAACCUUCAGCUAUUGUCUCCCAAAGUCUGAUAGCCAAGUCGGUUAUUUGGUUUUUGGGGAAGAAGCACACAAAAAGUCCUCCUCCUCCAAACCAAAAUUCACGCCGUUGCUCCAUCCACCCAAUAAACUGCCCACAAAUUCUCAAGAGUUUAGGGAAUCAUACUAUUUUGUAGAGCUUAUUGGGAUAACUGUUGCUGGGAAGCAGUUGAAUGUUGAUCCUUCCGUGUUCGCCUCUCCAGGAACCAUUAUAGACAGUGGAACUAGCAUCACUCAGUUACCCCCGAAAGCUUACUCCGCGUUGGCCACAGCUUUCAAUCAAUCAAUGGCCUCCAAAUAUCCUGCUGCACAAUCUAAGCAAAAUCCAAAGCUGGACACAUGCUAUAACGUGGAUGGGUUUAAUAGUAGCCAAGUCUCAGUCCCCGACGUAACAUUGCGUUUUAGAGGGGGAGUUGAUGUUUCUUUGAGGCCAUCUGGGAUUAUCAUCAUCCCGCCCAAUGAGACAAAUCUAGUGUGUUUGGGCUUCACUCAGAUCCAGCCCGACGACGACCAAAUCACCAUUAUUGGCAACCAUCAGCAGCGACAGAUAGGCAUGUUUUUCGAUUUACAGGGGAGGAGAGUUGGUUUCGGCACCACCAACUGCGCUGAUUGACUCCCUGCCUGUUAAUGGCUUCAAUCUGUCUUCAAUUUUGAUGUGUCUUCUCAUCAAAUACUACGUUGUGCUUGUGUUCAGUGUACUACUUGUCUACUACAACUAGAAUGAAGCAUUAUAUUAGUUAGUGUUUCAAGAAACGUUGAUGGAUGAUGUGUUUCAAGAAACCAUAGAUCUACGAAGCUAUGGUUGGUCCAUUUUAUUACUCUGUAAUUCUUAGAUGAAUAAAUAAUUUUAAAAAUCUUAGUAUUUUGAAUUGAAGCAUA